CCCCCCCACCAACAUCACGACCACAGACACGCAAUGACACUAGCCCUACCUUUCAGCAUUAUUUCCUCUCCUACAACAAGCAGUUUCCUAUCAUCUCCGAAAGCGGGUUUCAUUAGGAAUACACUGACUUUAAAGAUUUGUUCAUUCAUUUAAUUACGCGACGUUUUUCAUGCGUAUUUUUUGUGCUGCUGUUUUUUGGAGAUCACGUUUUUUCUCAUCUGGUUGAUUUUCCUCUGACAUGGAAGUGAGAUGUCGUCCAGCGGUGAUGUGCUGUGUUGUCGCCGUCCUCUACUCCACGCUGUCCCGCUCCCAGGCCUUGUCUUACGCGGACAGGCAGUACCUGAACGAGUGGGCUGUGGAGAUCCCCGGGGGGCUGUCCGCCGCCGAGGCCAUCGCCAAGGAGCUGGACUACCAGCUGGUCCGACAGAUAGGGGCUCUAAAAAACCACUUCUUGUUCAAACAUCGCAAUCAACCUCGCAGAAUGAGACGCAGCGCCGAUCACAUCACCAGAAAGCUCUCGGAGGAUGAUCGGGUGUUGUGGGCAGAGCAGCAGUACGAGAAGAGCCGAAGCAAGCGAGCAGCCCUAAGGGAGUGCAGGGACUGCCCGGUGGACAAGCUUUUUGAUGAUCCAAUGUGGAACCAGCAGUGGUACUUGCAAGACACCCGGACGUCGUCCUCGCUGCCGAAGCUAGACCUGCACGUGAUCCCCGUGUGGCAGAAGGGCAUCACGGGGAAGGGGGUGGUCAUCACCGUCCUCGAUGACGGACUGGAGUGGAACCACACAGACAUCUCUGCCAACUACGAUCCAGCAGCCAGCUACGAUUUCAACAACAACGACCCAGAUCCUUUUCCCAGAUACGACUCCACCAAUGAAAACAAGCAUGGCACUAGAUGUGCAGGUGAGAUUGCAAUGCAGGCCGACAACAAUAAAUGUGGUGUUGGAGUGGCAUACAACUCUAAGGUUGGAGGAAUUCGUAUGCUGGAUGGAAUUGUGACCGAUGCCAUCGAGGCUAGCUCCAUUGGAUUCAAUCCUAACCACGUGGACAUCUACAGCGCCAGCUGGGGGCCCAAUGAUGAUGGCAAGACCGUGGAGGGUCCUGGCCGUCUAGCCCAGAAAGCAUUUGAAUACGGCAUUCAGAAGGGUCGUGGUGGGAAAGGCUCUAUCUUUGUCUGGGCAUCAGGUAAUGGAGGUCGCCAAGGCGAUAACUGUGACUGCGACGGAUACACAGACAGCAUCUACACUAUCUCAAUCAGCAGUGCCUCCCAGCAGGGCCUGUCCCCGUGGUACGCUGAGAAGUGCUCCUCCACUCUGGCUACAGCAUACAGCAGUGGAGACUACACUGAUCAGAGGAUUACCAGCGCUGAUCUUCACAACGAGUGCACUCAGACUCACACAGGAACUUCGGCUUCUGCCCCACUGGCUGCUGGGAUAUUUGCCCUUGCACUGGAACAAAAUCCAGAUCUCACCUGGAGAGACCUACAGCACAUUGUCGUCUGGACCUCAGAGUUUGAUCCUUUGGCCAAUAACCCAGGCUGGAAGAGGAAUGGAGCAGGUUUGAUGGUCAACAGCCGCUUCGGAUUCGGACUUCUCAAUGCCAAAGCACUUGUGGACCUCGCUGACCCAGCCAUAUGGAAGCAUGUGCCAGAAAAGAAGCAGUGCAUCGUCAGAGAUGACUCUUUCCAGCCAAGGGAGCUGAAGGCAGCAGGAGAGAUCACUAUAGAGAUUCCAACCAAAGCCUGUGCAGGCCAGGAGAACGCCAUUCACUCUCUGGAGCAUGUGCAGGUGGAGGCCAGCAUAGAAUAUACCCGGAGAGGAGACCUGCACAUCACACUCACCUCCCCAGCAGGCACAACCACUGUACUUCUGGCUGAGAGAGAAAGAGACACGUCAUCCAAUGGCUUCAGAAACUGGGACUUUAUGUCUGUCCAUACAUGGGGAGAAGACCCUGCUGGUACUUGGACCUUAAAGAUCACAGAUACUUCAGGGCGUAUGGAAAACAAGGGACGGAUCUUGAAUUGGAAGCUGAUACUCCAUGGAACUUCUGAGAAGCCUGAACACAUGAAGAAACCUCGAGUCUACAUCCCUUACAAUGCUGUUCAGAAUGACCGACGUGGCGUAGAGCAUAUGGAUGACAUGAUGGAGGAGCCCACGCAGCCCCACCCCCCUCAAAAGACUGAAGCUGCAGAAGCCUCUCCUUCGGUAUCAGAGAAAGAUCCCAAAAGCCCUUCAAGCGGCUCCCCUUACUCCCCAUCUCUGGCACUCCUACGUCUCCUACAGACAGCCUUCAGCCGACAGGCCACUAUAUCAAAGCUUCCCCAAUCAGCAGCGAAGCCCCUAUCUGCUUGGAGGAAGCAGCAGCAACAGCAGAGCCAAGGUUUCCUCCCUCUUCCAACAAAACUCCCAGCUCAGAAGCUGUACCAGGCUCUGGACUUGAUCAACAAGUUUAGGGGCCCGGAGGACAGCCUUUACAGUGACUACAGCGACGGCUUCUACAACACCAAGCCGUACAAGCACAGAGACGACCGGCUUCUGCAGGCCCUGUUUGAAAUGCUGGAUGAUGAGUAAAAACGAGCGGCAUGAGGCGCAGGGGGUGAGAGGAGACAAGUGCUGUUGGAUUGGGAGCGGAGGAACAAGAUGAGGAGAUGAAUGAAAGCAAAUGGAUGUUAAACCUCUGAAGGCAACAGUGAGAUGAGAAAUACCCAAAAUGCUGCAUUUCUGAUCUAUUUCCAAUGCAUAACUGUUCAUUGAUCCGCUCUUACAUUCAGUUCUUUCGAGAAGUAAACUUUCCUGAUGUUAUUCCCAGUAUGGACUUAUUUAGAGGCCAUGUGCUGUAAAGUGUAUCUUCAUGUGGUGAAUAUAAAUGCAUUUAACCAGAGAAAGGGAUUUAAUUAUGGUGGCCUUGCCUCUCUUCUCUGUACUGCCUGCUCAAGCAUGCCACCUUUAGAAUAUGUUUUGCAGUAGUAUCUAGAUCUAUAUUAUCAUCCAGAGACAAAGAUUGUAAAAUGAUUUAAAAACUCAUUUGGCAAUCCCAUCUAUACAUAAUUUUUCCUGAUGCUCUGAGCUAUUAGCAGGGCUUUUUAUCCCUCCCACUGUGUAUAAGUUGACUCUAAAAAGCUGAAAGAAAGUUAAAUAAAUUAGACAAAUUCAAGAAAUUAUAAAAAAAAACGGAUUAUCUAUUUGAAUUUUUUUUUUUAUGUUGAUGUCUGAUUUGUUCUCAUGUGAACAAAACAAGACAAUAACAGUUUUAUUUUCUGUAUUCUUAGAAGUAUUAAGAGAAAUAUAUUAUUCUAAAAAAUAAUUUGCUAUAUAAAUGAGCAAAUUAUAUAAUAUUGUUUUAACAUGCUAUUCAAUAGGAAUAAACAAAAAACAAGAAAAAAACGGUAAAAAUAAAAUUAUUUACAGGCUGCGUAAACACCCCAACAGUUUUUUUAAUGAGUGCAAUGGAAUCAAAGAAAUUAUUUUUCUAUAGAUGAUUUAAACUUGUGACAUAAGUUUAACAGAACCUCAAAACCUUUUAAAACUGUAUUUUUUGUGGUACAGUUCACACUGUACGUAACUGUAAACACUGCCAAACUUCUUCUGUCAGAAAGCUUCGCGAAUGGCCAAAAUGUUGUUUUCCAGCAAAUGUACCAGCGAAAUAAAACCUCACCUGGCCACAACCUCUGUAGAAUAGGGCCUCAGCAUUGCAGCAUUCAAGCACAUUCAUAAUGAACGCCUUAAUUUCUGCUAUAAUUACUGUGCACACUUAAUCUCCAUUUAAUGUAGAUCAGAUUUGCUGAAUCUAGUGUUAGCUGUUGGUGACAUGAAUCCUUAUUGAAGCCUUUAUGCAGAGUCUCUACUCUCUGGCUUGGAGCUGCCUGUCCCACUUUGCUGCCAACAAAGUGACAGUAAAAUGAUGAUGUUUGGGUUAAAGCUUUCCAUGCUCCAAUUUAGCUUUCCUUAAAAGUAGCUUGUGCUGUUUUGUUUGUUUUUCUGUUGAUGGCUUAUUCAGUCAAAUGUUGUUUACACAAAUUAAUGUUAUGUUGCAAUUUCUGUAUGGAUGUAUAAAAAAAUUAUGAAAUUUAUCGAAUAAACUGCAAAGUGACA